GUGUGCCCCCCUCCCCCACAUGCCUGAGAGCGAGAGACUGGAGACUAGUAACGAGAGCAGGAGAGGCGGCUCUAUUGUGAGAGGGAAACAAAACCGUGGCGAGGAAAGAAGGGAUGAACACCAGGGAAAAGGGAAAGAGAGAGGGAGAGGAACAGACAGAGGAACAGGACUGAGAGUGCAGAGACUGGUUUGGCAGGUUUCUCUUUCUCUCACACACACACACGAAGAGGCAGGAAGAGGGAACUGAAACUCAGCUGGGGAGCGCUUCUGGAAAGAGAGUGAGUGAGUGAGUGAGUGAGUGUGAGAGAGAGAGAGGGAGAGGCAGUUCCUCCAGGUGACUCCUCAGGCGCAGAACCACUAAACCACAGCCGGAGAAAGGGAGCCCGAAAUGGCAGAGGAGGAGGGCGAGUUUUACGGAAAGCACGGGGAGCCACGGAAAUAUGAUCCUACUUUCAAGGGCCCCAUUCACAACAGGGGCUGCACUGACAUCAUCUGCUGCAUCCUCUUCAUUAUCGCCGUACUGGGCUACUUCGCGGUGGGAAUUCUGGCAUGGUCACAGGGUGACCCCCGGAAAGUGAUCUACCCCACGGACAGCAGGGGCCGCUUCUGUGGGCAGGCGGGUACCGAGCUGGAGAAGAAGCCCUUCCUCUUUUACUUUAACAUCAUAAAGUGUGCCAACCCCCUGGUCCUGCUGGAGCUGCAGUGUCCGACCACACAGAUCUGUGUGGAAAAGUGUCCCAGCAAGUUCAUGACAUUGCUGGAGGUUUACGCCAGACAGAAUGAGGACUACACGUUAUAUAAGACAUACUGCCAGGAGGAUGCCGUGCUCACUGGACUGAGUGUUCCAGAAAUCCUGAAACAGGGCCUGUGUCCAGCUGUACUCACCCCCAGCAAGCCCUUCACUCGUCGAUGUUUGCCGGCAGUGGGGAAGCUGAAUGGAGCGGUUGUGGUUGGGAACGCGACCUCGUUCGAUGACGGGGAGGGAAGAAGAGUUGAUGCCAACGAGCUCCUGGAGGGGGCUAAGAAGUCUAACGUGGUGGUGGAGGCCCGGCAGGUGGCCAUGAGGAUCUUUGAGGACUACACACGGUCCUGGUACUGGAUCUUAAUUGGCUUGGUCAUUGCCAUGGUGAUAAGUCUGAUCUUCAUCGUGCUCCUGCGGUUCCUGGCCGGUAUCAUGGUCUGGGUCAUGAUAGUUGUCAUCCUGGUCAUCGGAUACGGGAUCUUCCACUGCUACAUGGAGUACGCCAGCCUGAAGGGAGAGCGGGGGGCGGACGUCACCCUCCAGGACCUGGGCUUCCAGACGGACUUCAUGGUCUACCUGCAGAUCCGCCAGACCUGGCUGGCCUUCCUGAUCAUCCUGUGUAUCGUGGAGGUGAUCAUCAUCCUCCUUCUCAUCUUCCUGAGGAAGAGGAUCCUCAUCGCCAUCGCCCUGCUCAAGGAGGCCAGCAGAGCUAUCGGCUAUGUGAUGUCAUCGCUGUUCUACCCUCUGUUGACCUUUGCCCUCCUGUCGCUGGUGAUCGCGUACUGGGCCAUCACGGCCGUCUUCCUGGCGACCUCGAACGAGGCGGUGUACAAAGUGUUCAACGAGACGGACUGCAGGCACUCCUACAACACCUGUGACCCUGAGACGUUCCGUGAGAGCGAGGUGAAGCGGGACUGCCCGGACUCCCAGUGCAUGUUCGCUUUCUACGGCGGGGAGUCGUACUACCACAAGUACCUGAUCGUCCUGCAGUUCUACAACGUCUUCCUCUUCUUCUGGUGCGCCAACUUCGUGACGGCGCUGGGGCAGAUGACCCUGGCCGGGGCCUUCGCCUCAUACUACUGGGCCUUCAAGAAGCCAGACGACAUGCCCGCCUGCCCCAUCUUCUCCUCUCUGGGGCGCGCGCUCAGGUACCACACCGGCACCCUGGCCUUCGGUUCUCUGCUCUUGGCGCUGGUCCAGACCAUCCGGGUUCUGCUGGAGUACCUGGACCACAAGCUGAAGGGGACCCAUAAUAAAUGCACGAAGUUCCUGAUGAUCUGUUUGAAGUGCUGCUUCUGGUGUCUGGAAAAGUUCAUCAAGUUCCUCAACAGAAACGCAUAUAUCAUGGUGGCGAUGUACGGCAAGAACUUCUGCACGUCUGCCAAGGAUGCCUUCUUCCUGCUCAUGAGGAACCUGAUCAGGGUGGCGGUGUUGGACAAGGUGACGGACUUCCUCCUGUUCCUGGGGAAACUGCUGAUUGUGGGUUCUGUGGGGAUCUUUGCGUUCUUCUUCUUCUCUGGGAGGAUUAAGGCGAUUGAGGAGACCAUCCCCACCCUCAACUACUACUGGGUCCCCAUCCUGACGGUGGUGGUGGGGUCCUACCUCAUCGCUCAUGGCUUCUUCAGCGUCUACGCCAUGUGUGUGGACACGCUGUUCCUCUGCUUCUUGGAGGACCUGGAGAGGAACGAUGGGAGUGCUGAGAGGCCCUACCUGAUGCCUGAUAAUCUUCUGAAAGUACUAAAGAAGAAGAACGACUCCGCAGCCACGGAGUCCUAACUCCUGGGGCGGGGGAGGGGCCUGGCGCUGAAAUCGGCCCUGAUUGGCUGCCUUGUCUGUAUAUAGUGGAGUAAGUGAAGUUCAUCCAGGGUGUCACAGUGCCUGUGUGGACAUUUUACAAAGCCAUUGGCAUAUUUUUUUUAUUUUUACAAUAAGCUUUCCACUAUUUCGCAAGUGCCUUUGAUUUGGAACGCAACUACAAUACCUAGGGCGUAAGAAGUGCCGUUGAUCUAUGUUUCUUCGUGGGUAGUUUUUGUUACGGGCCUAUGGUAAGUUUUUAAGUGUCAGCCUGGCAUGGUUGCUUUAUCAGGAGACCCUGUGGGCCCCAUCCAGCGAGAUGAAGUGGUCGCUACCAAACUAUUACUGGAAAUGUACCUUAUUCGCAAACUGUCUGCCAUCUACGGGAAGGAUUCUUUUUCUGCCUUCGAUUUCUGUGGAGCAUGUUACACGAAAAAGCACAAGACGUAUUUUCGUUUGUCUUUUUUUUAUUUUUAUGGUUUAUUAAUUAAUCGUAGUUGUACAAACUGAAGAAUUGUUAAGUGCUUUGAGUUCUAAAUGCUAAAUUAUGCUGAGUUCCAGUGUUACUCGUUGGUAUUUCGGGGGAUGUGUGUGUUAACGACGUUACCAAAGGUCUGGUGUGGAGGCGUUGUUCAGCCCGCGUGAAGGAGCUGCCAUUUCUGGGUGCCUUAGGAUUUGGCAUUUUAAAACCGAAAAAUAAAAUCUUUUCUACAUA